UGGUCCAAAGGUCACCUGUUCAGAUCGAAGCAGCAACAGGCGAGCUGGGUCAUGUGACGCACUGGCUGACAGCAGAGACAACAUGAUUGGCUGGAGCUGGGGUUAGGAUGUAAUCUAAUAGGCUGCAACCUGGCAACCAGGUGUGACACGGAGGAAGAGAGAAGAAACACACUGAAGACAAGAAGUCAGAGAGGAGCGGACGGAGAAAAAACGAAGACAGAACAACUGGACAAGAAAGACUAGGAAGAGGAAGAGGAGGAGGAAGAGUAGGCGAUGGAGCGCAGUGUGAUCCGGCUGAUUCACUGUCAGAAGGACAUCUUCUGCUUCUCGGUGCCGGAGGAGUGUCCGAGCUGUGGGGAGGAGCUGAGGGGGAGCAGACUGCAGGAGGCGCCGGUCAGUCUGCCCUCCCCCUUCACCAACGGACACAAGAGCUCCUGCUGCCUGCUGGUCGCACCUGCACACGACAACCAGAACAGAGAGUUUGAUGGGACAUCAGAUCUGCACACUGGCAUCUCCAACACCAAAGGAGUUGUGUUCAACUACACACAGGAUGGGGUCCGUAGGGACCAGAGUGGGUGGGAGCACUGCGUCAGUGUUCCUCUGGUCCGACCUGACACGUUCCACCUGCUGGCUCAGUGGGACCAGUACAUGGACCGCUUCUCGGAUGCACCCACAUGGGACCCUGCAUGGCACAGGUUCGAUAAGGACGACCAUAAUUGCUUCAGUUUCUGUCUUCGCUACGUGAACAGCGUCCUGGCGGCGGAGGGGCGCAGUGCUCUGACCAGAGAGACCUUCACUCACAGCUUCAUCCUGCCAAGGAUGAAGAGAGUCUCAAAAUACACCACAGUGUACCAACACAUCCAGAGACACCAGUACUACGUGGUGGACAGACAGGAGGAUGUUACCACCAGUGUUGGGCAGUAGCCUAAUAUGAUUACUUUUUUCAGUACCAGUAGUGUGAGGGAUUACAAUCUGAUUUUACACUUCUAAAAGCGUAGAUUUUCAAUUGGGUUAGGGUUCGUUCACUACAUCCUGACAACCUCUCUUCUUUCGCUUUUCCUCCAAAUUUUAAUAGGGAGGAAUAGAGGAAACGGAAAUAUGAAUCUGUUGUACGACCAAUCACAUUGCGAUCUCUUAUCGUGUUGUGGCCCUACAACACGACCGUAACCAUAGCUCCAUAACUCUGAGGAUGCUGAAACAUGAGAUGAGGAAACAGGUUAAUUCAAGACUUUCAAAGUUAGAGCUGCUUCUCUGAGCCGUGACUGACUGCUGCAGAACACAAGACAUCAGACAACAUGAAGUCUAGAUGUGAGCACUACACGUUGUGUGCGUGUAUGUGUGUGUGUGCGUGUGUGUGUGUGUGUACACACCAGGACAAGUCUUUGUUUGUUUGUUUGUUCUUCUCUGUGUCUCAUGUCUGUCUGUGUAAUAAACUGUCACUGUUUUGUAAUAAAUGGCAACAUCAUUAAAGUACAAUAGCAUUACAAUUUUC